AUGGCCCUCGACAAAGAAGCCGGUCACUACUCAUCGGACGGACCCUCCAGCUACCGCUCGACUGAUGUCGGGAGUGAUGGCAGCGCCGAGCCCAUCGUGACACUCAAGACCUGGAUCGUCUGUGCCAUUCUCUCGUGCGGGCAUGCCUUUUCAUUCUGGCCCAUCCCCGUGCUGUCGGCAAUUGGGCCGUCCAUCUCAACGACUCUGGGAUCGCCCGAGUCCUACGUGUGGUUUGUGCCGUCUUGGACGAUUUCGAUCACUGCUGCCUUUUUGAUCUUUGGACCCAUGACUGACAUGUUUGGCCGCCGCUGGUUUCUGGUUGGCGGGAGUUUGUUGUGCUUUGUCGGCCAUGUUAUCGUCGCCUCGUCCAAAAACAACCGCCAGGUCAUUGCCGGCCUGGCCGUGUCUGGAGUUGGUGCUGCCAACUGCCAGAUGGCGGCAUUUGCCCUGCCCGAGCUCCUACCCAACAAGUGGCGCGCUCUCGGAGUUAUGCUGUCUGAGAUGACUACCUACGUCGCUGUGAUAGUGGGUCCGAUCACUGGUCAAUACUCGGUGCAGUGGGGGGUCUGGUACUGGAACUGGUAUGCCCUGGCCAUCUUCCAGGGACUGUCUUUCGUGGCGUUAUUGGCCCUGUACUUUCCGCCCAAGCAUCCAAUUGGUAUCUCAUACAUGGAGGCAUUCCGGUCGUUGGACUAUCUCGGGGCUUUCCUCUUCAUUGGCGGGGCUGUCCCCUUCCUUAUGGGCGUCGUCUGGGCCCAAGUCUACGACUCAAAUGAUCCGCAUGUGGUGGCAACCCUGGUGGUGGGCGCGUUUGUGCUGAUCCUCUUCGGCCUGUGGGAGACCUUUGGAAACCUCAAAUAUCCACUGACGCCGCCGCGGGUCUUCAGCAGCUCCUGGGGCCGCGAUGUCACGGCGCCGGCGGUAGUUGUUGCUAUUGUGAAUAUGUUCUACUAUUCCGCCAGCAUCAUCUGGCCGCAGCUGAUCAGCGUCUUCUAUACGCCAGGCCAUGACUGGACGUACGGGGUCAAGCUCACGCUGGUCCAGGGCCUUCCCAUUGCCUUUGGCGCGAUUAUGGUGGGCCUCUGCUCGAGUUAUAUUGGCCGGUGGCAUUGGCAGCUUACAGUAUCGACGCUCCUGAUGACUCUGUUUGGCUCGCUGCUGGGACUGGCCACGCCCACGAACAAGGCUACCAUGAGUGUGUUCCUUUUCCUAUGUCAAUUCACCUACGCUUGGGCUAUCACGAUCUCCAUCGCCAUCACCCAGAUGGGUGUUGACCAGAAGGACCUCGGGAUCAGUGGUGGAAUCGCGGGUACAUUCCGGUUUGCCGGUGGAGCGAUUGCUUCUUCCAUUUACCAGACUGUGUACCGCACCACCUUGACCAAGUAUACUGCGCGAUACGUACCCGCCGCCGCGCUGUCUGCCGGUCUGCCCAAGUCCAAGUUGACAGGUCUGCUCUCGGCUCUGUCGCAAGACCCCACGGGACUGAGCAAGUCGUAUGGCAAUGCCAUUGCCACGGCCGCCACGGCAGCACUGGGUCAGGCAUAUUACAAGGCGAUUUUUACGGUGGCCAUGUGUUCCAUGGCGUUCGGCAUUGUCGGCAUUUUCGCUUGUCUGUGCUGCAAGAAUGUCGACCAUAAGAUGACGAACAAGAUCGAGGUGUACCUGGAAAACACCAGGCUUGCCGAUCGGAACGAACACCACUGA